GAGAGAGAAAGAGAGAGAGAGCAGAGGGAACAAGCAAUGGCUUUGAUGGCGACCAUACUGGAUGUGAGCGAGCAAGCAAUUUGUGCCUUAUUGUUCCUAGCGUUCUUAAUUUUGCUGGGAAUGAUUGGUUUUGCAGUGGUUGAUGCUGGAAAGAAGAGAAGAAACCUGACCUCCUGUGCCACUGCAAGAGAAAGCGCAAGAGAGAGCGAGCAAGUGGCGCCUUCGCCGGCGACUAUACUGGGUGUGGUGAUUCUGUCCAAGGGAAUGGCUUCCGCUUCCGCUUCGGGUUUGUGUUGGUCCACAGCGUCUCUAAUCUUUUGCCGAGAAAUUGCUUUUGCAGCUGCGGCUGCUGGGAGAAGAGACUCGGAAUCAUCUUCAUCAUCAUCAUCUAGAAUCAAUUAUGAAGUGUUCUUGAGUUUUAGAGGUACAGAGACUCGCAAAGGAUUUACGGGUCACCUUUACAGCCAAUUGAUAGAUGCAGGGAUUCAUGUCUUUAAAGAUGAUGAAAAUCUCCGUGGUGGAGAAGAUAUCAAAAAGCAGCUAAUAGAAGUGAUCAAGGGGUCAAAGAUCUCGAUAGUCAUCUUCUCCAAGGAUUAUGCUUCCAGUAAAAGUUGUCUCAUGGAGGUGGUACAAAUGUGGGAGUGCAAAAUCUUGGAUGAACAGACGAUUAUUCCGAUCUUCUAUGAUAUUAGUCCCUACGAUGUAAAACGCCAGGCUGGAGAUUUUGCAACGUCCUUCGAUCAACAUAAGAGGGGUGAAGACGCAGAAACCAUAAAAAAAUGGAAGAAUGUGCUUCGAAAGAUCGGGGGAUUAAGCGGAUAUUAUCUGGCGGAGAUCAAUAGCGGGGAUGAGUCCCGGCUCCUACAAAUAGUUCGUGGACGUGUCAGGCAUGUGUUGAAGAAGGAUGACCAAGUUGUAACCGACAAACUAGUCGGAAUUGAUCUUCAUGUUCAAAAGGUGAUGAGGAAGCUAGGUGUUGUCUACAGCCAUGGACAAGCGAUCGAAGUAUGUGGGAAAGAUGUACGCCUCAUUGGAAUAUGCGGAAUGCCGGGUGUUGGAAAGACUACACUUGCAAAGGUUGUAUUCAACGAGAUGCAUAAAUUGUUUGGGCAAUGUAGCUUCCUUGAAGGUAUUAAUUUGCACAGAGUCGAGUAUUCACAAGAAAUGUUGAUUGCUGACCUUCAAAAAGAAAAACCAGCACCACUUAAAUCGUCUAAUGAAGGUGUUCAAGAUAUAUCACAUCGAUUUGAGAGAAUGAAGGUUCUCAUUGUCCUCGACGAUGUGCAUGGGGUUGAACAACUUAAAGCAUUAGCUGGAAAGCUUACUUGGUUUGGUCCGGGAAGUAGAAUUAUUGUGACCACAGAUGACACAAUAGAUAUUCUAAAAGAUUUUUACAACGGAGCGGUUGAAGAACAUAAGCUAAAACCAAUGAGCCAAGGGCAUGCUCUUCAACUCUUUCGUAAGCAUGCUUUUCGUGGGUAUUCUCCCGAAGAAGUCCGUAGGUUUGAUUCCUUGUCCAUACAAAUCGUCGAGGCUUUGGAAGGGCUUCCUUUGGCAAUUGUGCUUUGGGCUGCAAAUUUGCGCCGCCAGAAAAAAACGAAAAUAUGGAGAGAGGCCUUAAAAAGAUUAAAAGGAGACCAAGGAAAAAACGUAGAAACUGCCUUUAUGGAGAUUUACAAUUGUUUAGAUAGAUAUACAAAGGAUAUAUUCCUCGACAUAGCGUGCUUUUUUAUUGGAAAGGAUGAGAGGAUUCCCUCUUACAUGUGGGAAGCUUGUGAUUACUGUCCUUUGACAAGAAUACAACAACUUCGUGAUAAGCAUUUGUUGGAAGAUGGAGAAAAUAAUGAAUUAAGAAUGCACAAUCUGUUAAGAGACUUUGGCAGGAAGCUCGUCCAGGCAAAAGACCUUCGUAAGCGCUGCAGGAUUUGGGAUCACAGUGAAGCACUUGAAAUUCUACAAAAUCGUUCGGGUAGUGGAAGUGUCGAAGGCAUUGGUCUCACAGUUGAAGAAGGUUCAACCAUCUGUUUUACAUAUGAAGAAACUCACCGAAUGUCGAAUUUGAGGUACCUCAGACUGGACCGGGCUAAAAUCCAGGGAAAUACUAGGAAUCUUCUUCCAAGAUUGAGGUGGCUUGAUUGGAGAGAGUGCCAUUCGAUUCGUGAGCUAUGUAACACGCAUUUGGAGGAGUUAGUCAUUCUCAAUCUGUCUGGGAGUUCGGUUGCCAGAGAUUCACAAAUCUGGAGGCGUUUCGAGGAGGAGAAGAAGUUGAAAGUCUUGAACCUCCAAGGAUGUAAUGAGUUAGUUGCAUCGUUAAAAUUUCAAGCUCCAAUCAAUUUGGAGAUAUUGAUACUGGAAGAUUGUACUUGGUUAUCUGAAAUUGGGCAAUUCAUCAAAGAGCGGAAGAACUUGAGUUCCUUAAACUUGAGAAAGUGCAGCCUAGUCAAGAAGUUGCCCCAAGAACUGCGCUACAUGAAAUCUUUGAGGGAACUUCUGAUUGAUGGAACUGGCAUAAAAGAAAUUCAAAUCGAGAGUGGUUCUUGGAAGAAACUUAGAAAACUUAGUGCCUGUGGCUGCACAAAUUUGGAAUAUAUAUCCCCAAUUGGCCACCUAACGAAACUCAGAUGUCUUGCUCUGGAUGGUGCUAGCAUUGAUGGGCUUCCAGAUAAUUUUGAAUUUCCCAAGAAUCUUCAAAGACUUUCUUUAAGGGAGUGUUUGAAGGUGGAAACACUUCCACCUUCCAUCGGGGACCUCGCGCUGCUGGAGGUUAUGGACCUUUCACUCACUAUUAUCAAAGAACUACCACCGUCCGUCAGGAAAUUGAGACAUUUGAAGACGCUGAAGAUGACAGGCACUCCCCUGCAAAAAUUUCCUGAAGAUAUAGUGAACUUAGAGAAACUGAAAGAGAUAGAUUUCUCUGACUGCACACAUUUGGAGGCCCAAGAUUGUUGGGAUAUCUCAGGAUUACCCUCUUUGAGAAUUUUGAGAUUAUCGUCAUCCAUUGUGGCUGGGCUGCCUCAAAACGUUGGCCGUCUCUCUCGCCUACAAACCCUUGACAUAAGUCAAUGCGACCGACUUCAGGUACUACCGGAGUUGCCCUCCAGUUUGCAGAGUCUUCGCUGGGGAUCCCCAAAAAUGGCCGUCCCCGACUUGUCAAAUCUGACAAAUCUAAAAGAGCUACUUUUGAAAGAUGUUGUUCAGCAACCAAUAGGGGGAUUAUUGAAUCUAAAGACCCCAAAGGCUCCAGAUAUUGGGUGGAUCACGAGAUUAACAAGUCUAGAGACCUUGGAAUUGUCCCUUUCAAACGUCACCACUCUCCCUGGGAAUGUUAGUGCCCUUACUCAGCUCCGGGAACUCUCUUUAUCCUACAUGAAGGAGCUAGACCUCACACAACUUCCCUCAUCCCCAAGCUUAUGGACUCUACGUCUCAAACAUUGCAAGAUUCAAGAGCCAAAUUUCUCUAGUCUGAUUUGUCUGUCAGAGCUAGAACUAGACGACUGCAAUUUAGCAGAGAUCGAUAGCCUUGAAAAUUUAGAGCGUUUGGAAGUCCUGACAAUUCUUGAUUGCAGGAGUAUAACAGACGUUAAUGGGCUCAAAAAUUUACCACGUCUCAAGAAGGUGAAAGUUUUCCCUUCUGAUCCUGCCAGUCUAUCAGAAUUACGCAAACGUGGAUGUGAAGUGGACUUAUGCGGAUAGGCUAUGCCUGUAUCUUGCGUUCUUCCUGGUCAGUGGCUAGAUAGUCUCUAUCCUGUACGAACUACCGUUGUACUUUCAGUCUUUGACAGGACAUCUCCUUUUAGUCUUAAGAAACUGGAGGGCGACCUCUCUAAGGUACAUGCUCCAAUUCUGGUUACAAAACUUUUUAACCAAAACAAAGUUGGAUUUUAUCGUUUCCAUGAAUUCCUUGUGUAUAUUGCAUCGGAUCUAUCUGUGCAGGGCCACAAAAUACCCCAGGAAAAUUAUUUGCAUCUGGCAAUCAGUAGUGGCAUCAACAAUCUCGCAUCAAAACCAUUGCUGAAGGUCACGCAACACUCGAAUUGCUGCAUAUUUUGUUGGUGUUCCAUUUGUACUGUUUUUAUGAGGGUGCGGUUCUCCAAAACACCAUUUACUGUACUUUGUAGCCUGUAGGAUGCAUCCAAAAGCCAUCCACUGCCACACAGCUGUUCGAUUCCGAUGAAAAAGAGAAAACGAAGGAGAAAAAUAAGAUCCUGCAUCCAUGGGCGACAUUGCAAGGUUUCCAAGGUUGUGAGCCAUCACGGGCCUUUACUUCCGUCGGCUAUGCUGGUGAGGUUUGCCCUCAACACAGCCUUCGGUUUUGCCUCUAUUCAUACCUGUUGAUCAAGUCAUUGGGCUCCCGAAUCUCCAGGAGCUGAUUACAGGAAGGUGAUCCGAAAUGGAUGUGACAGAGAUCUAAUGUGAAGGAAUUGCAAGAGAGUGCGCUCGCGAUUGCGAAGUUGAAUAGGCCGAUGAUUGCGUUGUUACCAGAAAAAGAGAGAGAAGCGUGUUUGAAUUGAUCUGCUGCUUGGAAAAGGAUACUUUUCAUCCAUCGUUCUCUCCUCCUCUUCGUAAUAGAUUCGCUUCCCUCGUAUCUCUGGAUAAAAAUCCUGGUUAAUGGUGAUAGCUUAACUCUUCCGAUCGGAAACCAUGCU